AUGUAUCUGGUCAUGAUUGUCUGCAUGUACGCUAGAACGCUUUUUCCUGGCUCGUAUCUUCGUGGUAAGGCCGUAAGGGCGAGCACCUGCGAGCACUGGGCGAGCGCGUCUUCUUUCAAACUCCGAGUCGCGUCGCGUCGCGCGCGCGCUGCGCUCACUGCACGAGCCAUCACGAGCCGAGGCCUCCUCCCUCGUCGUCGUCGUCGCCGUCGACGUGACUCGAGCAGCGGAAACCACCCCCUACGCCAUCCCCGACACCAAGUGCCCGUCGCCCAAUCCAACCGUAACCCGGCAGCGUCUCCUCCAACCACGAGUAACGAGCCUGCAGUGCUGCACCAUCUCGACUUUGUGCAGUGCACACUGCGGCACGCCGCUGGAACGGGCGCGCGCGCCGCCCACUCCACGAGCCCGCCGUUCGAUCCGACCACCAGCCACGGGUCCACACGGGUCCCCUCCAAGCCGUCCAAGCCCCAAGCUCACCCUCGCUUUGAGGUCUUCGGGCUCGUACAGCUCCGAGCUUCAGUCUGA